GUCGUCGACGCCGCGGGGGCGUUCGGCGUCGUCCCGGUGACGGGGGGAACCUGCAUUGUUGUUGUUGUCGUCGUCGUCGAGGAGCUCUGACGCGGGAAUGCUGGUUGUUGCAGAACGAGCGGCGUCCGUCGGUGAGGAUCGCGCCCCCUCCUUGCUGCUCCCCCCCCCCCCCCGCCGUCCUCCGCGACUCGUCUCCGAUGUCAUGACUACUCGGAACGGCGAACCUUCUCAGGGAGAGGGCGGUGUUCCUCCGCCUCCGCCCAUGCCUCCGCCCGGACCGCCGCUGAAUCAACCGACUUCUCGCACGGGCAAUAAGGUUUUUAAGAGCGGGCCGCUAUUUUUGUCAUCCAAAGGUAUUGGAUGGACAUCGUGGAAAAAGAGGUGGUUUAUACUAACACGUACCUCCCUGGUCUUCUUUCGGAGUGAUCCGAGUGCCAUACCCCAGAAAGGAAGUGAAGUGAAUCUGACCCUUGGUGGUAUUGACCUCAACAAUUCAGGCAGUGUGGUUGUCAAAGCAGAUAAAAAGCUAUUAACGGUGCUUUUUCCUGAUGGUCGAGAUGGACGGGCCUUUACACUUAAGGCUGAAACUUUGGAGGAUUUAUAUGAGUGGAAGACUGCCCUCGAGAACGCAUUGGCUGAAGCACCGAAUGCGGCUCUUGUAAUGGGACAGAACGGAAUCUUUCGAAGUGAUCAGGCUGGUGCACCUGAUGGCUCUCUGGAACAAUUAAAGGACAGAAAGAUCAUAAAAUCAAUGGUUGUUGGUCGGCCCGUUUUACUUGCGUUGGAAGAAGUUGAUGGGACUCCAUCGUUCUUGGAAAAAGCUCUUAGAUUCAUAGAAGAGCAUGGGAUUAAAAUAGAAGGGAUCUUGCGACAGGCUGCAGAUGUCGAUGAUGUUGAGCACCGAAUUCGAGAAUAUGAGCAGGGAAGUACUGAGUUUUCCGCAGAGGAGGAUGCACAUGUUAUUGCUGAUUGCAUCAAGUAUGUCCUCCGCGAGUUGCCAUCAUCUCCAGUUCCUGCAUCAUGCUGUAAUGCAUUACUGGAAGCCUGCCGAACUGAUCGCGAUAUACGAGUCAAUGCAAUGCGCACAGCAAUUUGUGAAACAUUCCCAGAACCAAAUCGGCGCCUAUUGCAGAGAAUACUUAUGAUGAUGCAAACUGUAGCUUCUCAUAAGGCCGAGAACAGAAUGAGUUCUUCAGCUGUGGCAGCUUGUAUGGCUCCUUUGCUUUUGCGUCCUCUUCUAGCUGGCGACUGUGAGCUUGAAAAUGAUUUUGAUGUCGGUGGUGAUGGUUCUGCUCAACUUCUUCAAGCAGCUGCUGCAGCAAACCAUGCUCAAGCAAUUGUUAUAACUCUUCUAGAGGAGUAUGACAAGAUAUUUGGGGAACAUGCUCUAUCUCCUGAUAUAUACUCUGACUCAGAAGAGAGCGGAAGUGAGAGCGAGGAGGAAACUGAUGAUGAUGGAUCCUAUGAGGAUGAUGAACAUGGUGAUGUAACCCAAGAUUCUGAAUUGGAAUCUGAAGAUGAUCUGGCACAUACAUCGAAUGAAAGCCACAGCGGCAGUGACGAGGAUGGGGAAUAUGCUUUCAGUAACAAAACUGAUGGAGCUAAUGCUCAACAUGACAAGGUAUCUGAUAGUUGUACCCCACAUUCCUAUUCUCCACAAGCAGUUGCUAAUUCUAAUGAAAAAGAGAAGCUAUCACAAAAUUCACCUAAGACCUUACCAUCCCAAAAUGAGAAACCACUGGGGAGUGAGCACACUGAUAACCAGCUAGAUAACUGUGGCCCAUCACGGAAGGAUGAUGAAUUUUAUCAAGCACCGGUGGAUGAUUUUGCAGAAAUAAAUUUUCCUGGAAAGUCGGCCGAUCAUGGUCCAUUGUCCAAUAUGAAGAAAUCAACAACUAUAUCCAGUGGGACUGUCCGUAGUGUUAGGCGUCCCGCUGUUUGGGGACGUACUCCUGGCAAAAAGAAUCUAUCCAUGGAAUCCAUCGACUGUGACCUUAUUGAUGAAGUUGAAAUCCAGAGGCUUGAGGUUACAAAGCUUGACUUGCAAGACAGAAUUGCAGAAGAGGCCAAGGAGAAUUCAGUUCUUCAGGCAGAUUUAGAAAAACAGAAGAAAGCAUUGCAUAAGCGUCGUCAGGCUCUUGAGCAAGAUGUGGCAAGACUGCAGGAACAGUUACAGAAGGAAAGAGAUCUGAGAAAAGCCUUGGAAGCAGGGCUUAAAGUAACUAGGGUGCCCGUCCCUGUUGAAGCGAAUAUCAAUGAAAAGACAAAGGCAGAUCUUGAAGAUUUAGCUCGGACAGAGGUAGACAUCACCAAUUUGAAGCAAAAGGUUGAUGAUCUUGGAGUAGAGCUUGACAAAGAACGUGAAAAGAACUAUCAUUCAAUGCAAGAUUUAGGCGAUCAACAAUAUAAAAGUGGAGAUGACGGUGUGAAAGUGAGGAAUACACAGGGCGACAUUAAGAAUCCAGAGAGUUCAUAUCUUGCUGGAAGGUCCACGUCCACAAAGGACUCGAGUUUGGAUGGCAUGCAUACAGAGAAUGAGAGUAAGGAAGAGUCAACAUCUUCAUCAAAUAAUCAUCAACCUUUAAGUCAGCAGCCAUAUUCAGCAUAUAAUAGCAGAUCCAGGUACAUGGGCCAGCCAGCCAAUUCUCAAGCUGCAGAUUCAGCAGCAGGAAGGCCUCUUGCUCCAGCAUCAUCAAAGAGGUCUGGUACAAGGAAUGAGGGACCGAACUCGACAACUUCCGCAUUGUCAAAGUUGACUACUCGACUGAACUUCUUAAAAGAGCGGCGUACUCAGAUUGCCAAUGAGCUCCAGAACAUGGACAAAGGUCGAGGUUCCUCUCCAGCUGUGGAGGUUCUAGAAAAAGGUAGAGCAUCGGAAUCUCAAUCUGCAGAGAUUCCUGGUACAGAAUCAGAUGGUUCUUCUAGGUCAAUUCAGGACCCGGGAGAUGGGUUGGGGAGAGAAAAUACUUCACUAAAUCGUGAGAAAUACAAGAAUAUAACUAGUCAGGAUGCCGACAGAGGAACAAGAUUAGAAGGCGAGCCAUCACAAAACACAAGCAGAAAUCGGGAAUCAGAUGUCUCUUCAAGGACAGGUCCUAGAUGAUGUAGUGUUACCGUUUGAUAACAUGGCGCCAAACUCGCUGCUUUCAUUAACAUCCAAGUUUAACUGGGCAUUGGUUUUUGGGCACUAACAUGAGGAAGUAGGACGCCUACACCACGAGGUUAGGAUCCAUGUCAACGUUUUAGGAGAAGGCAAAGACCCGGGAAUGUGCUCCCAAAAAGCUGAAGACAAUACGAAAGUCCGAGGCUCCUUUGGGAACCUGCAGGCCGAAUUCAAGUAUUAAAGGUACCAUCAUUCAUCUUCCAGGAACAUCAGAUUGAGCCGAUGACUUCAUAGCGUCGAUCCUUGCUACUACUUCUGCUAAUCGUUUUUGGUCAUUUUUUUUUAUGUGACUCUGAAUCUAGAAAGUGUACUGCAAAAUCUCGAACGUGCAUGGCAUUAAAUUUCCCGAGAGGUCACGCGCAAUCAGAGAAAUUCUGCUCGUUUCGCUCUCUUUCGAUUUAGAAUCUGUCUAAGCAUAUACACUACUUGAAUCGACUUAAUGUUUUCCUUUCUUUUUCCUAUUCAAAACUGUUGACAUGUUUUUCC